AUGUAAAUACAGCUCCUAACCUUUCAUUAGCUUUGGACACAUUGAAGCAUCUCGCGUUCCUUGGUUAGCCUUCACUCCUUCAGCCAUGGCCAGGAGAGGAGGAGCAGCAGCAUCGUCGUCCAUGGCUAAUCUCCUCGGCGUCGCCUUGGUGCUCGCCGCCACGGCGCAGACGUCGGCGCGUGGCGGCGGCGGCGGCGGACGCCAUGACUACCGCAUGGCGCUGAGCAAGAGCAUCCUCUACUUCGAGGCGCAGCGCUCCGGCGUGCUCCCCGGUAACCAGAGGAUCGCAUGGAGGGCCAACUCCGGCCUCGCCGACGGCAAGGCCAACGGCGUGGAUCUUGUUGGUGGCUACUACGACGCCGGAGACAACGUCAAGUUCGGGUUCCCGAUGGCGUUCACGGUGACCAUGAUGGCGUGGAGCGUCCUCGAGUACGGGAAGCAGAUGGCGGCCGCCGGCGAGCUCGGCCACGCCAUGGACGCCGUCAGGUGGGGCGCCGACUACUUCGUCAAGGCGCACCCGGCGCCCAACGUGCUCUACGGCGAGGUUGGAGAUGGUGACUCGGACCACGUCUGCUGGCAGCGGCCGGAGGACAUGACGACGAGCCGUCAGGCGUAUCGCCUUGACCCUCAGCAUCCUGGCUCUGACCUCGCCGGAGAAACCGCCACGGCAUUGGCCGCCGCGUCGCUCGUCUUCCGUAGCUCCAACCCGGGCUACGCAAACCAACUCCUGCAACACUCCAAGCAGCUGUUUGAUUUCGCCGACAAGUACCGGGGAAAGUACGACGACAGCAUGCCUGUCGUGAAGAAAUUUUACGGGUCAUUCAGCGGAUACGGGGAUGAACUACUGUGGGCAUCGGCAUGGCUAUACCAGGCGACCGACAACCGCCGCUACCUAGAUUACUUGGCCAACAAUGGUGACGCACUCGGCGGGACCGGUUGGGCUACCAACGAAUUCGGCUGGGACGUCAAGUACCCCGGAGUGCAAGUCCUAGCUGCAAAGUUUCUCCUGCAAGGGAAGGCCGGGCCGCACGCCGCCGUGCUGCGGAGGUACCAGCGGAACGCCGACGUCUUCGCGUGCUCCUGCCUCGGCAAGGGCGGCGGCGGUGGCAACGUCGGGAGGACGCCCGGCGGCCUGAUGUACCACCAGGGCUGGAACAACCUCCAGUUCGUCACCGGCGCGUCGUUCCUGCUGGCCGUCUACGCCGACCACCUCGCCGCCGCCGGCCGCGGGCAAGCCGUCGUGCGGUGCCAGGCCGGGCCGGCGGCGCGGGCGUCGGAGCUCGUCGCGCUGGCCAAGUCGCAGGUGGACUACAUCCUGGGUAGCAACCCGAGGGGGAUUAGCUACAUGGUCGGCUAUGGCGCGAGGUACCCGCGGCGCGCGCACCACCGCGGCGCGUCCAUCGUCUCCAUCAGGGCCAACCCGUCGUUCGUGAGCUGCAAGGAUGGGUACGCGAGCUGGUUCGGCCGCGCCGGCAGCAACCCGAACCUGCUCGACGGCGCCGUGGUCGGCGGCCCCGACGGGCGCGACGGCUUCGCCGACGAGAGGAACAACUACCAGCAGACGGAGGUGGCCACCUACAACAACGCGCCGCUCAUGGGCGUCCUCGCUCGCCUCGCCGGCGGCGGCCGCGGCGGGCUCGCCGAAGCAGCGAUCAAGAGGCCGGACAACCAGACCUUGCUGCCACCUCUCGCAGCUGCGGCGUCGCCGGUGGAGAUCACGCAGCUGAACGCGACGGCGUCGUGGAAGAAGGACGGGAGGACGUACCGCCGGUACGCGGCGACGGUGAGCAACAGGUCGCCGGCCGGCGGCAAGACGGUCGAGGAGCUCCACAUCGGCAUCGGCAAGCCGCACGGCCCGGUGUGGGGGCUCGAGAAGGCGGCGAGGUACGGCUACGUGCUCCCGUCGUCGCUGGCCGCCGGCGAGAGCGCCGCCUUCGCCUACGUUGUCCGCGGCCGCGCCGCGCCGCCGCCGGCUGACGUCUGGGUCAUCGGCUACAAGCUCGUCUGAAAUUGGGACGUGCAACGAACAACCAUUGCUGAUUCAAGAUGGAUCGUUUGAUAUUGCAAAGCAUAUUAUGAAUAAUAUAUUGCAAAGCUCGUUUGGGUUAUCGUUUUUGGAAUAAUAUAUAGUUUCUUCUUCUCGAUGGAUCA